AUGGCUGGACGAACAAGAAAUAAUAACGCCAAUGGUGAUAGAGUGCCUGACGACGAUGUCGCUCGAAUUAUACAUGCGAUUGCUGAUAGGGUAGGCAAUAUACCACCCCAAAACCAAGAUCAAAACAAAUCGGGAAUGAUAGCAAAAUUUCAAAAGCUACGUCCCCACAAAUUCCUUAGUGGAUCAAACCCCCAUGAAGCUGAAGCUUGGUUAAGACAAAUUAAGAAGUUGCUAGAUACUUCCGACAUCCAAAAUGAACAAGAUAGAGUGACCAUGGCAGCAUUUCAAACGGAAGGGGAAGCAGAUCAUUGGUGGGAAAUGAUCAAAAGUGCUCGACAAGUAGAGACAUUAACUUGGAGACAGUUUGAAGACUUGUUCAUGGAAAAGUAUUUUCCUAACUCGCUAAGACAAGAAAUGAUUCAAAAGUUCCUCCAACUGAAACAAGGAAAAAUGUCAGUCGCUCAAUAUGCGAACCGUUUUGAAGCUUUUUCACGAUACGCUUCAGCCAUAGUAGCAAAUGAAGAGGAUAAGGAGUUAGCGAAUUCUAAACGCAUUCAAAAUCAGCGAUCAAGGAACAACAACCAACCACGCAGAGGAGGCCCAGUCCGCAACACCAGAAACCAUCUUGCGCCAGCACCUUAUGCCGAAGGGUUACAGCAGCAACAAAGACAGAAUCGAGGAAACCAGCAAGGAGGAAACUUUGUAAAUGAGUGGAAAGGAAAGUGUUUCAGAUGUGGUCAGCAAGGGCAUCGUUGA